AUGGGUUCUAGUUCACAGGCCUUACGAGCUUCGAUGGUGUAUCGCCACCUUCUCAAAGCUGUCCAGAAACACAUCGGAAAGGAAGACCACAAGACCCAUUUCAUAGAUUUCAUCAAAUCAGAGUUCAAGAACAACGCUCAACAGUCAGACCCAAUAUUCAUUCACCAGAAAAUAAGGCUUGCCCGUGAUUAUGCUCUUUACAUGAACAGCGUUCACCAACACAAGGACUUGCUGUUUUCCUACAAUAUUGCAGUGGAUAGGUCAGAUGAAAUGAAGAAAGUACUAGGGAAAUCAGCUGCUAGUGUGGGUCUUCAGCUUCCGGAUGUCUAUCAGCCUUGA